UAUGACGUAUAAAUUGUGCGUCAUUAGUACGGAAACCCGAAACAACGUUAGUUUGAUGCGUUUGGAUUCCGUCUGUUUUACGUGGUGAGGUUGUAGGUAGAUCGAAGCGGUUGCUUGCUCCGUAGCUCUCAGAUAAUUAGCACAUUCUUGCCUGUAGUGGGUUAUCUGCAGAGGAAAGAAUUUUCUAGGAAGCAAGAUGUCUCUCGCAGAUGAACUCCUGGCUGAUUUGGAGGAGGCUGGAGAGGAAGGAGAGGAUGGACUUUACCCGGGAGGCGAAGGUGGCGAUAGCGAUGGAGAGACACUGGGGAGAGAAGGAGCAGUCGGAGGACUGGAGGAUAUCCCCGAGGAGAUGGAACUGGACUACAGUGGAACAGAAAGUGUCACUUCAAUAGCAAAACUCAGACACAGCAAGCAAUUUGCAGAUAUCACGGAGAACAUUGCUCAGUAUGUUGGCAAUCAGCGCAAGAACUCUGAAGUCUCGGGUCCCGUAGAAGCAGAUCCAGAGUACAGGCUCAUCGUCGCUGCCAAUAACUUGACAGUAGAAAUUGACAAUGAACUCAACAUCAUCCACAAGUUUGUUCGUGACAAAUACUCAAAAAGGUUCCCAGAACUGGAGUCUCUAGUGCCAAACGCUUUGGAUUAUAUCCGGACUGUCAAAGAACUGGGGAAUAACUUGGAUAAGUGCAAAAAUAAUGAGACACUCCAACAAAUUUUGACCAAUGCCACCAUCAUGGUCGUCAGUGUGACUGCUUCAACUACGCAAGGGACAAUGCUCGGUGAGGAUGAAUUACAGCGGCUGGAGGAGGCCUGUGAUAUGGCUUUAGAGCUGAACCAAUCAAAACACAGAAUUUACGAAUAUGUGGAGUCCAGGAUGUCCUUUAUUGCCCCUAACCUUUCCAUCAUUGUUGGGGCUUCCACUGCUGCCAAGAUCAUGGGCAUUGCUGGUGGACUCACCAAUCUAUCCAAGAUGCCAGCUUGUAAUCUGAUGCUGCUGGGAGCUCAGCGCAAGUCCCUCUCGGGCUUCAGCAGCACUUCACUGCUUCCCCACACUGGCUACAUCUACCACUGUGAUGUGGUGCAGUCCCUGCCCCCUGACCUACGGAGGAAGGCUGCCAGGCUGGUGGCAGCAAAAUGUACCCUGGCUGCUCGAGUGGACAGCUUCCAUGAGAGUGCUGAUGGCAAGGUUGGCUGUGACCUGAAGGAGGAGAUUGAGAGGAAAUUUGACAAAUGGCAGGAGCCACCUCCUGUGAAGCAGGUGAAGCCCCUUCCUGCUCCCAUAGAUGGACAGAGAAAGAAACGAGGAGGCAGGAGGUAUCGCAAAAUGAAAGAGCGGUUGGGUCUGACGGAGAUUAGGAAGCAUGCAAACAGAAUGACAUUUGCAGAGAUUGAAGAUGAUGCGUACCAAGAGGAUCUGGGAUUCAGUCUUGGUCAGCUGGGCAAGUCUGGUAGUGGUCGCGUCAGGCAGGCCCAGGUCAACGAGGCCACUAAAGCCAGGAUCUCAAAAUCACUGCAGAGGACUCUCCAGAAACAGAGCAUGGUAUAUGGAGGAAAGUCAACCGUGAGGGAUCGCUCUUCUGGUACCAGCUCCAGUGUAGCCUUUACCCCACUCCAGGGCUUGGAGAUUGUGAAUCCUCAAGCGGCAGAGAAGAAGGUGGCUGAAGCCAACCAGAAGUAUUUCUCAAAUAUGGCAGAGUUUCUCAAGGUCAAGAGGGAGGGUGAAGGUAAAAUGUGAGUCCGUGGUACUUCACCGUGCUGCAUACAUGGCUGUGCUGACAUGGACUUCUAAUGUAAUGGGCAAACAUACCAUUCAAAUGCUGGGUCAAAUUUAGGGAGACUUGGUCCAAGCACAUAUUGGAAGAACUUCAGAGCAAUACUUUUUACGUUUUUCCCCUCCCCUCCCUUUCCCAGGUUCGAUUGUCAUUUUACUGUUUGUAUGACAGAUUCUAGUUUAAAUAAACUCAAAUGUGAUGCAUACAUAACCUGUUUUAGUGACCUAUUUUGUAGAAAUUGUCAGGAUUAUGUAAAUGGUUAGGGCUGUUUAAAAUGUACUGAAAACUGAUAGUUUAAGAUACAAUUUAGCUGGAUAAAAUAACAUUUCAACUUGGAUAACUUUUUCUCAUAUAAAGGUACACUAAUAGACUGCUCUAGUAGCUGACUUCAUAAUCAUCUCUCUAUGAAGGUAGAUCAGCCCUUUUUUUGUAUUGCCACCAAUUAUUUCAUGUCCAGCAUUUAAAAAGUGUUGAGAGGGAUGGGAUUCUGUUCUAAAACCCCUUUUUAUAGACUGUGUGUAUGAGUAAUAAGGCCAUGCAAGUCAGCAUGUCAUGGAAUCAACUGACUAAAAGUUGUCUUGUAGAAAACCAGAUUAAUUCUGUGCAGUGUGUUACAGAUGUCAAACUUCUAGUGAAAUAAUGAAAUCAAGUAAAGAGCUGCACAUGGCAUAAGGGUUAAGGA